UACUACAAUACAUGUCACUGGGCAUUAAAUUACUAACAAACAUUGAAAUUCCAAGUACACUUAACAUGGAGACGGACACCAAUAGCAGCCAAAAGGAAAUGGAAACGCUGGACAGCUCGUUCUUCGAUACGCUCUGGCCGCUGAUACUGAACGAGAACAAGUGUUAUCUGGAGAGCGAGUCAACAGACUACUUCAGGCCACGCCAGCAGUUCAAGCAGCUCUAUUGGCACACGCUGCUGUCCAAGGUGGGCUACAUGGGCUAUGAGCAGCCGCAUGAUCUGCGCUGCUGUGGCGCCGCCAGGCUUGAGGCUGCUGCAGAGCUGCAGGCCGAAAAGGAUGCCAAUGAGCUGGCGCUGCAGCAGACACUCGGCACUGCCAUGCUGGCUGACUAUAACAAGUGCGGCUCGCAGGGCAUACGCCGUGUGGACCAGGAGGUGGAGCUGCUUACCAUGCAGCAGCAGCAGCGUCAAAAGCUCGCCUAUGACUUUGCCAAUCGCAAGUUUCCUUGGACCAUGCAGACGCCCAGCCAUGAGCUGGGCUUCCAGCUGACGCCAGAGCUCACGCGCUGCCUGUCGCCAGAGGAACGCGAAUUGCUGGAGAGCAUACACGCCUACGAAUGCAAGCUCAUGCUCAUCGAUGCCAGCAACGAUGUUUGCGUGGACGACUUCAAGCGCUGGAUCAAAUUUCGACCUUAUGUGCAGAUUCUGGUUACGGUGCGCUGUCCACGUGUGCAGCGCCACUUGCAGCUGCUGGGCGUGUUUCAUACGCUGCUGGUGGAGGAGAACAUAGAGCACACUUGGCACGAGGAGUUGCAUUACCAGCUGCGCAGCGGCUUGAGGGAGGCCCAGCGGCUGGGACUCUUGGAGAACUGCGCUCAAGCUUUUGUCUUUGUAUUUUCGCGCUAUCGCAACACUUGUACUUGCGAUACGUAUAAAAUAUUGCGGCGCACAUAAAGUAUGUUAAUUACAUAUUGUUAACAUUCGUUGACUUCCAUUAAAUUCAAAAG